CCAUUUUGAAGAGAGUAUAAAACCGAACUGACCUCUCCUCGGUCACUGUCACAUGAUGUCGUCAACCAUCACGUUGUGUUUUCUCCUGCUCAGUAGUGGCGUGCUGCACGUCUAUGGUUCGUGUGUGGGGCGGUGUAACGACCCCCUGGACAACACCAAGCCGUGUCAGUGUAACUCACACUGCGUGCAGUACAACGACUGCUGUGACGACUACCACGACGUCUGUGGACAAGGUUCUUUGUCGUCAUUAGCCGAUACAUUGUGGAACUUGGACGUGAACAGGCUGGUCGCCGACACCGACUACGUCAUCAACUACCAGGGCCAGGUGAACGAAAACAACAAAUACGACAACGCCCCUCUACCUUUUUUCACGAGCCUAAACGAGAACAAGGUGGACAGUAUCACGAGUUACGUGCAGUUCAAAUCUCUCCUUGACAACUACGAGUCUACGAUCGGCCAGGCUGAGGACCUCACGAGUCAGGAGUGGGGGGAGAUCGACGCAUUCCUCGACACCGUCAUGGCGUCAGGCGUCAUGCAGGAGGCCUUCAAGUACCUACACGAGAACGGCCAUGUUCCUAAUGACGCUGCCCAGUUCCGAGAGAAGCUCAAAGAGAUGUGGUUCAACCUGUACCCGCGGUCUAGCGGCGGCGUCAUAGAAAGCAGCGGCUUCGAGCACGUGUUGGUGGGCGAGCACCGGUCUACUGUGAGCGGAUUUCACAACUGGUUACAGUUCUUUCUCCAAGAGGACGCGGGCCGCCUCGAUUACCAGGGCUUUGUCAAAACUGGAGAGCCGAGGAUUGUGGGCUCUCAGUUUGACUGGGUGGGCUACUGGAAGAGUCUGGGCUCGUUUUUCCUCGGAACCAGUCCCGAGUUCGACAUGUCGCUUUACUCCGUGUGCGCCAUUAUGCACCCCAACGCCGUCUGCUCGUUUCACAUGAACGGGAGCGACGUCCGCAUCCAGACGUGGGACAUCGGACACAAGACAGGACUCCAGAUAGCAUCGGCAUACCCCAUUCUAUAAUCGGCCAAUCCCAUUCUAUAAUCGGCCUAACUAAUUUCAUAAUUGUUCUAUUCAGUUCUGUAAUCAACAUGUCCUAUUCUAUAAUUGGAAUACCCUAUUCUAUAAUUGGCCUAUUCCACUGAAUAAUUGGUCUACCUAAUUCUGUAGUCGGACCGGAGCAGUUAAUGUUGUCAACCAUAUUAUAAAGCAUUACCAAUUAUAAUAUAGGAAGUCUUUUAGUCUAAAUGAAAUUGGUCUACCCACAACUACUUCUAUAACUGGAUAUAGACCAGUGUAUGUGACCCUCCCCCUACCCACCCACUAUAAUGAGUACUAGGUUAUAUGGCCGAAAGUUGUAUUGUGUAUUAUCUAAGAACACCGUGAAUUAUUUUUGGAGUAAAUGCAAUUGGAAAUAA